AUGAAAAAGAUGUUCUUUUUGGUUUUUAUCUUCUUGGUUCUGAAGCUUUCCUUUCUUUUCUGCAGGUUGAUUGACCCCAAGGGCUUUUGGAGAAUAAAAGACCAAAACAAUAAGCUUGGAGAUGAAGAUACUGAUUGUUUUUUUUCCAUUUAUACUAAGCGUGGUUAUGUGAAGAAUGAUUAUUUCAGUGAGAAUCUAGACAAGAAGGUGACACCAAGGACCGUACUCUUGAUAUUUUCUUCUUAUUUAGCCAUAGAAGAAAUCAAUAGGAACCCUAAUAUUUUACCUAACAUUUCUCUGCUAGUUAAAGUUGAUUGUAACCUGUAUGUUGAUGAAUGGAGGAAUGGUUUUUCCUUGAAAAGAGUGGAACAUAGUCCUAACUACUAUUGUACAAAUCAGAGAAGAUAUGUAAUUGUACUUACUGGACCCAUAUGGUUCAGGUCUGCUUAUGUUGGACGAUACCUGUACAUCUCCAGAACUCCAGAGCUUUACUAUGGUCAUUUUCAUCCUCUCCUGAGUGAACAUGAACAGUUUCCUUAUCUCUACCAGAUGUCUCCCAAGGACACAUCCUUACCACUAGCCAUGGUGUCCCUAGUGGUUCAUUUCAGAUGGAACUGGGUGGGAGUAAUCAUUUCAGAUGAUGACAAUGGAAUUCAAUUUCUUUCUGAGUUGAGAGAAGAAAUGCAAAUAUCUGUUGUCUGUUUAGAAUUUGUGUCUAUUAUCACAAACGAUAUUGACUUGCAUUUAAAAAUGUUUCCUAAGAUUUUAAAUACAAUCUUAUUGUCAACAGCAAAAGUUAUAUUUGUUUAUGGAGACAAAGACGCUAUCAUACAUCCACACUUUCUUGCAUGGAAUCAUAUUCUCUUCAGUAAGAUAUGGAUCAGUAUGUCACAAUUUGAUAUAAUAACAAUAGAUGGUGAUUUCUUGCUUAAACCUACCUAUGGGACUCUAAUUUUUUCACACCAUCAUUCUGAGAUGUCAGGCUUUAAAAAAUUUAUGCGGACAGUGCACCCUUCAAACUACAGUAAUGAUAUCUCCUUUGCUAGACAAUGGUGGAUUUGUUUUAACUAUUCUUUGCCACCAUUUAAUUGUGAGAAACUGAAGAAUUGUCCACUUGACACCCUAUUUAAGUGGUUAUUCAGGCCACCACUUGAAAUGUCGAUGAGUGAUACAUCUUAUAACUUGUACAAUGCUGUGUAUGCUGUGGCCCACUCGCUCCACAAGAUGCUUCUGAAACAAGAAGAGACAUGGCCAGCGAAUGCUGGGAAGGAUCUGGAAUUUGACUCCUCAAAGUUGUUCUCUUUCCUGAAGAACAUACAGUUUGUAAAUCCUGCUGGAGACCUGGUGAACAUGAAUAAGAAUUUAAAACGGGAUACAGAGUAUGACAUUUUCUAUAUCUUGAAUAUUAAGCGCUACAUGGCACUUAAAAUAAAAAUAGGACAGUUUUCCAGUCAUUUUCCAAAUGGUCAACAACUGCAUAUAUCUGAUGAAAUGAUAGACUGGGCUACAAAUAUCAGAGAGACUCCACCCUCGGAAUGUAGUAUGCCUUGCAGACCUGGACUCAGAAAAUCCCCUCAGGAGGGAAAGGCUGUCUGCUGUUAUGAUUGCAACCCCUGCCCAGAAAAUGAAAUUUCCAACAUGACAAACAUGGAUCAAUGUGUGAAGUGUCCAGACGACCACUAUGCUAACACAAAUCGAACUCACUGCCUCAGAAAAGUUGUGACCUUUCUGGAUUAUGAAGACCCGUUGGGAUUGGCUCUGGCUGGCUUGGCUCUAUGCUUCUCUGCACUUACAGCUAUUGUGCUCGGUGUCUUCUUGAAACACCAAGACACUCCCAUCGUCAAGGCCAAUAACAGAGCUCUCAGCUAUGUGCUACUCAUCUCCCUCAUCUUUGGUUUUCUUUGUUCCUUGCUCUACAUCGGCCAUCCCAGUACGGCCAGCUGCAUCCUGCAGCAGACCACAUUUGCCAUUGUGUUCACGGUGGCUGCCUCGACUGUCUUGGCCAAGACGAUUACUGUAGUACUGGCUUUCAAGAUUACUCUUCCAGGAAGAAGGAUGAGAUGGCUGCUGGCAUCAGGGGCACCAAACUUCAUCAUUCCUCUAUGCACCGUGAUCCAACUGAUUAUCUGUGGAAUUUGGCUGGGAACUUCUCCUCCAUUUGUUGAUGCAGAUGUACAGGUGGUACAUGGCCACAUCGUUGUUGUUUGUAACAAGGGUUCUGUUAUAGCUUUCUACUGUGUUCUGGGAUACAUGGGCUCUGUUGCCCUAGCAAGUUUCACUGUAGCUUUCCUGGCCAGGAAUCUACCUGACACAUUCAAUGAAGCCAAGUUCCUGACAUUCAGCAUGCUGGUGUUCUGCAGUGUGUGGAUCACCUUCCUCCCUGUCUACCACAGCACAAAAGGCAAGGUUACAGUCGCUGUGGAGGUCUUCUGCAUCUUAGCCUCAAGUGCAGGGCUACUUCUUUGCAUCUUUGCCCCAAAGUGCUACAUCAUUUUGUUAAGACCACAGAUGAAUUCCUUUCUUAAGUUCAGAAACUCACAUGGUAAAGCUGAAAAUAUUCGUUGA